AUGAUUAUUCUCAUAAAUAUUUCUAUCUAUCUAUAUUCAUGUUCGUUUAUUAUUUCCUCAUUAAUAUCAUAUAACAUAUUAUUCCUUAUCUAUCUAUCUAUCUAUCUAUCUAUCUAUCUAUCUAUCUAUUCCAAUCUGAUUCAUAACACCUUAACGAUUUAUUAUUCUCUUUUCUUCUUCUUCUUCUUCUGUUUCUUCUUUCUCUCAUUCUUAUUCUUCUUUGUCUUCGUCUUCUUCUUCUUCUUCUUCUUAUUAUUAUUAUUAUUAUUAUUCCUCUUUUCAAGCAAUUUGUCUUUCGUUGAUUUUUUUAUUUUCUUCUUCCUUUCAUAUCAUCAUAUUCUCUUUUCAAUUAAUUGGAUUUUCUUUUCGCUUCCAUUUUUACUCCACUUUUCUUUUCACUCUCUCCUCCAACUUCAUUUAUUUUUAUUUUCUUCUUUUUUCUCCUUUUUUUUCUUUUUUUCUUUUUUUUUCUUUUAUUUUACUUUUUCCUCCUUUUUCUUUUCUAAUUUUUUCUUCUUUUUGUCUUUUUCUCCUUUUUUUUCUUUUUUGUCUUCAUUUUUUUCUUCUUUUACGUAUCUUUUACUUAUUUUCAUUCGGCCCUUCCAAUUUGUUAUUGUUUUCAGUUUUUGCUUGAGUUUUUUUCUAUUUUCUUUCUCGUUUUCUGCUUUCUUGACUUCUAUAUUAAUUUAUUUUUAUUUUCUCUCUUUUCUUCCUUGUAUUUACGUUCUUUUCUUUUCUUGUUCGUCUUUUCAUUGCUUUUUAUUUACUCUUUGUCCUCCUCACUUAUAUUGUCUUCUUUUUCAUCACCUUCCUUUUAUUACUUCCUUUCUUUCCUUAAGAUUUCAAAGGCACCCACUUUCUCCAGAUAUACGCCCUCCAGUCUUCCCACUACUCUGCAAUGUAGGUUUCUUCCUCUGGAAAACAUUUUAUGUCUUUUCUUUGCAAAGAACUUUACUCUAUCUUCCCAACGAAUAUUUCACAGAGAUAGAGCAAUGGCAAAAAUGCCAUUAG